AUGGAGUCACUGUAUUUCAGCAAUGCAGAUUUUUUUAGAAUCCCGGAUGCCUUUCUUCACUUGAAUGCUCUCCGACAUUUGAACAUAAUCGCCACACCCGUUAAUGACUGGAAUAUCGGAGCUUUAGCUUACAUAGGAAAAACCUUGCAGACCCUCAACAUUGAAGAAGUCGAAUUUACAACAUGGCCGCCUUGGCUUCGGUGUUUCGAAAACUUGAAUGAAUUAAGUAUUCAAAGUAACGCCAUCUCUUCCAUACCAGACAACGGCUUUGAUCAUUUGGCUGACAACUUGCAGGUUUUAACACUUAGCAACAAUAGUUUAACCGACACACCAAAAGCACUGGUCAUUUUAAAGAACGUUGAGAGUUUAGAUUUAGGACUCAAUAAAAUAUCAAACGUAACUUGGCUGCCUCAUAAUAGCAAAUUAUUCAGUUUGGCUUUAAAUCUCAACAGUAUCAGUGACGCUAAGCAACUUAGCAAUGUUCUUCGUCCAUUCGCCAGCACCCUUGAUACUGUACUGCUUUCUCACAAUCGGUUAACGGUUAUACCCGAUCUGUCGUUCUUGACAAGAAUAGAUACAUUUGAUCUUUCUUACAAUCUCAUUUCAGAUCCAGCCUCAGGUGCCCUUCACAAUGAAACCACCAUGCUAGAUUUAAGCUUUAACCAGCUUCCAUCUAUCCCGGUAAUCUAUAGAGGGCUUAAGUUGGUGUCCAGUAUGACCUUAACACAUAACCUUAUCCAUGUAGUUCAGGGUUCGUCUAUACCAGUUUGGAUAGCAUAUCUAUAUCUUGAGUUUAACCUUAUCACAGAGUUAAGCGACACAAGUUUUCCCGAUAAUUCUUCACUGCAAGUCUUGCUUUUAGAUGGUAACCCUCUAGUUAAAAUAUCCAACUUAGCGUUAAAAAAUCUCAAAUUCAUAUACAGUCUGAGUCUUAAAAAUACCAAAUUAACCCGACUUCCUCUGAGCCUUUCCUAUUUAACAAGCAUAUUUGAUUUAGACCUCAGUAAUAACACUGGCCUAGUGUGUACUUGUCUAGAGAAAAGUCUGAGAGAUAAGAUUACAUCUAAUAUAGCCAUCAUUGGCGACUGUGGAAAUAUUCGCAUUUAUGACUUCUUUGCGAUUCUAAGUUCAAGCUGCCCGUAA